AUGGUCGCAUCAGCGACGGCCAUCAGGUUGCUCCAGUACGCCCUGCCCUUGGAGGAGCUGAAUGGCGCUGACAAGGUCAAGCCAAUCCGCCAGCUGCAAGCAAAUGUUGAAGAGUGCAGCGCUUAUGCGAAAGAUCCCGACAUCUCCACGGCACUAGGCCUCUAG